AUGAAGGAGAAUUUGACUCUGCUUCAGAGACUGGACGCACAUCCGGACUCUCGCUGCUGGUUUGUCGGCUGGAGUCCAAACGGGACUCUUCUGGCCUCGUGUGGGGGCGACAAGGCCAUCCGGAUAUGGGGACGGGAAGGUGACUCAUGGGUGUGCAAGGGCGUGCUAGAGGACGGCCACCAGCGCACCGUCAGGAAGCUGGCAUGGUCUCCGUGUGGGAAUUAUCUGGCCUCUGCCAGUUUUGAUGCCACUACCUGCAUCUGGAAGAAGAAGAAUGAAGAAUUUGAGAGCUUGACCGUGUUGGAGGGUCAUGAGAACGAGGUGAAAUGUGUGGCUUGGGCCCCUUCGGGCAACCUGCUUGCGACGUGCAGUCGUGAUAAGAGCGUGUGGGUUUGGGAAGUUGAUGAAGAAGACGAUUAUGAAUGCGUUACAGUGCUGAAUUCCCACACGCAAGAUGUCAAACAUGUUGCAUGGCACCCGACACAGGAACUUCUGGCUUCCGCAAGCUACGACAACAACAUCUGUAUUUACAAGGAGGUAGACGACGACUGGGAGUGUCAGGCUACAUUACAGGGCCACACGUCCACUGUGUGGAAUCUGUGUUUCAGCGCCACUGGUGAGAGGCUGGCGUCAUGUAGCGACGAUCGCACAGUUAAGAUUUGGAAGGAGUAUCCCACUGAGAGCGGGCAAGGUGACAAGUCAUGGAAGUGUGUGUGCACAUUGUCUGGCUAUCAUGAACGCACAGUAUACGACAUUGACUGGUGUCGUCUGACCGGCGCACUGGCAACUGCUAGCGGUGACGAUGCUGUCAGAGUGUUUAGGGAAGAGGUGUCAUCUGACCUUGACCAGCCAUUGUUCUCGUUGGCUGCACACAUGCCCAAAGCUCACAGUCAGGAUGUCAACUGUGUGGCGUGGAAUCCAAAAGAAGCAGGACUGCUAGCUUCCUGUAGCGACAGUGGAGACAUCGCCAUUUGGAAGUUCCACGAGCACGACUGA